AGAGGAGAGCACAUCAAUUUAGAUUUGAAUUGGUAUACCAAUUCAAAUCUAAAUUGAUGGGAAAUUCAAAUCUGGGAUUUCUCUGACAAACUUCUUUUUUGUCUUUGCGUUUUUCUGGUGAUUUUUAGCUGAUUUUUCUUUCUCUCCUCUGAUACUUUUAGCUGGUGUUGAUGUUGGACUGAACUGAACUGGACUUGAUUUUAGGACUUCUGAGCAGAAUCCAAUUAACAAAAUAUUACGAUUCAGGCAAGGGGAAAUAGCAGAUUCUUCUUCCAUGGCUACUUCAUUCAACACUGUGCUGUUCCUGUCCGUCUGUCAACUGUUUUCUGCCUCUGCAGACCCAGAGCCACAAAAGAAAACAACAUAUCUUGGAGGUAUAGUCACUCUGCCAUGUAAAGCUCCAAACAACAUCACCAUAGUAGCUGUAGAGUGGAGCAGAUCUGACCUCCAGAAGUACGUCUUCUUUCAGCGAGAUGGGCACUUGAUUACUCAAGACCAAGAUCCAUCUUUUGUGAAACGGGUGGAGCUGACCAACAGUGAGAUGAAGGACGGUGACCUAUCUCUGAUUCUGAAGAACGUGUGCGGCAAGGACAAUGGAACAUACGAGUGUCGCUAUGUAGGGAUUGAAGGAAGACGCUGGAAGAGAGCUGAUGAGAGUAAGCUCAUCAGUAUCAUCAAGCUGGAUAUUGAUCAAACAACUGAAAACACAGAGAGAGGACAUUUGGGAAUAAUUCUGCCAGUUUUUGCUCUGAUUGUCCUUCUUGCUGCUGUUGUUGGUUUUGUGAUCUCCAAGAAACCUACAGGACGUUUUCCAGUCCAGUCUUUUGGUGAAGCAGAUGUCCAUCAGCAGCUGCAAGAGAAAGAAAACAGUCAAAGUAAAACCAUCACUCUUAACAUCUCUGACAUUCAGGUGUAAAAACCUCCACAGCAACCUGAAUACU